AUGCUCAGAGACCUCCAUCCAUCCUCGAUUAAGAAUUAUAUUGAUGGUGAGUUGCCACUCCUGAGAACUAUGGUGAAUUUCCUCAUCACCAUUAAUAAAGGUAUUCGGACAUCAUUCAGCUUACACAACACUGCAUUAUUAAUUUAUUUAUGUAAAUAUUUCUAUCUACAAUUUACAGACAACAGAUCAAUUUACAUUAAUAAUAAUUCACGUAAGUGUCACUUUUUGGCUAUGGCAUUAACAAAAACCUUGGGCAACGUCACAAAUCAAUUCGCUCAAGCAAUCAAGGUUUUCUGUCCCGCCACAGUGACGCAAACGAAUAGAAAUACCUAUCAAAAUACCGCCACCACUGUCUUUGCUAUUGAAAAUACUUUUACUUCUGUCAGGCAUGUACAGAACAUAUCGGUCAUCUGUGAUCUCUGA